AUGGGGUGUCGGUUUGGCAACGCCCCGUCUGACUGUACGUGUCCACGUCGACCAGAAUAUAUCUGUGCUCAAUUAAAAUGUACAGAUGACAAGGUGUGUAAGGUGUUGUUUGGCCGAUUCCCCCGCUGUGUUAGAGAUCAGGCAGUUUGCGAACUGAGCAAGGACGCAGGGACAUGUUCAGAGCUGGUGCACCGUUUCUACUACAACAAAGCCACCAGAAGGUGCGAGGAGUUCCACUAUGGCGGCUGCGGGGGAAACGAAAACAACUUCCGGAACAAGAGGGCGUGUAUGAGAACCUGUAGGAAGAGAGGCGCCUUCUUUAACAGACCCGCUCCUCGUAAAAGGAGGUGCAGACGCAAAGGUGAGAACGGCAACGGCAAUGACAACGGUGAGAACGGCGAUGGCAAUGGCAACGGUGAGAACGGCAACGGCAAUGGCAACGAUGACAACGGCAAUGGAGAAUGUGACGAAGGGAACAAUGAUGACAAAUAUGAUGACUCGAACGACAACGACAACGGCAAUGGCAACGGUAAUGGCAACGGCAACGGUUACGACAACGGUAACGGGAAUGGCAACGGUAAAGACAACGGUAAUGGCAAUGGCAAUGGCAACGGCAAUGGCAACGACAACGGCAAUGGCAACGGAAAUGGCAACGGCAACGGCAAUGGCAACGGCAACGGUUACGACAACGGUAACGGGAAUGGUAACGGGAAUGGCAACGGUAAAGACAACGGUGAAGCAGUUUCCCAGCGAGCAUUCACUAUGAUAUCACACGGUACAGUACCGUUUACCAUUCUUACGUGUGUCAGCGUUGCUCUGGUGUCUGGUGACGAUGCAUCAAUGACGACAAUGCCAUCUUCUAUGGACACGCCCACCCCAAUUCCGAUCAUGGACUGGCAAGAUCCCCGCCCAUUUCGAGGUUUUGGCCGUGUAUUCCGACCCUUCCGAUGCCUGAUGGGGUGUCGGUUUGGCAACGCCCCGUCUGACUGUACGUGUCCACGUCGACCAGAAUAUACCUGUGCUCAAUUGAAAUGUACAGAUGACAAGGUGUGUAAGGUGUUGUUUGGCCGAUUCCCCCGCUGUGUUAGAGAACAGGCAGUUUGUGAGCUGAGCAAGGACGCAGGGACAUGUUCAGAGCUGGUGCACCGUUUCUACUACAACAAAGCCACCAGAAGGUGCGAGGAGUUCCACUAUGGCGGCUGCGGAGGAAACGGAAACAACUUCCGGAACAAGAGGGCGUGUAUGAGAACCUGUAGGAAGAGAGGCGCCUUCUUUAAGUCAGGAAUGACGUUACACGUGUGUCUAUAUAAUAAGAGUCAUCAGGAAACGUCACCACACAAGAAUAUAAUAUUCGUUUACACCACUGUUCUGAUAUUCACUAUGACAUCACACGGUGCAGUACCGUUUACCAUUCUUACGUGUGUCAGCGUUGCUCUGGUGUCUGCCGACGAUGCAUCAAUGACGACAAUGCCAUCUUCUGUGGACACGCCCACCCCAAUUCCGAUCAUGGACUGGCAAGUUCCCCGCCCAUUUCGUGGUUUUGACCGUGUAUUCCGACCCUUCCGAUGCCUGAUGGGGUGUCGGUUUGGCAACGCCCCGUCUGACUGUACGUGUCCACGUCGACCAGAAUAUACCUGUGCUCAAUUGAAAUGUACAGAUGACAAGGUGUGUAAGGUGUUGUUUGGCCGAUUCCCCCGCUGUGUUAGAGAUCAGGCAGUUUGUGAGCUGAGCAAGGACGCAGGGACAUGUUCAGAGCUGGUGCACCGUUUCUACUACAACAAAGCCACCAGAAGGUGCGAGGAGUUCCACUAUGGCGGCUGCGGAGGAAACGGAAACAACUUCCGGAACAAGAGGGCGUGUAUGAGAACCUGUAGGAAGAGAGGCGCCUUCUUUAACAGACCUUAACAUUGUAACUGUAGUAAAUCCAUGCUUUACUUGAAUUCCAUGUAGAUAAGAGCAGCAUUGUAGUAUCCACAUAAAGUUGUUCCCACGUUAUGCAUCAUUGCCAUAAUUUUUUUUAGUAUUGUCUUGAAUAUUGUCCAUAAGUCGUUUGGCAAUAAAAUGUGUUAAUUUUGAAUAGUUUUUUUCUUUUUUUAAACUCCUCGUGACCAAAAGGCUGUGUAUGUUCUUACUGAAUAUGUUCGAAUCGUAGAUUUGAUCAGAUCCUGAUCUUGUGUUUUGAGCACCAACACCUGAGGCCAAAGGAUAUACAUAUCCUGUUUUCUGAGUUGUAAAAUAACUUCAGUAUAGUCUUGAAUAUUGUCUAUCAAUCGUUUUACAAUAAAAUGUGUUAAUUUUGAA